AUGUUAAGACGAUCGUUAAGUGUCGUAUUUGGUCGUAGGACCAUUGCCUGCAAGUCUUGCGGGAUUGAACUACAAAACAAGAUCAAAGAUGGGCCGGGGUAUUUCGUCACUCCGCAGAAGGCAAUUCGACCAGCCGCAAAGCAGCUCGAGCUGGCAAAGCAGCUGUUAUAUGGGGAGCGUCUAAGAAUAGAGAAGCAGCUGACAGGGCCCGAUCGUAACACUCUGGAGAAGUGGAAAGAGCUAGUCCCUCCGAGCUGUAAACGAUGCAUGGAUGCGCUUCAUCACAACCGGUACGACACCGCCGAGUUUCCGGAGCACACGCUCGAGGAUGUGGGAAAAGGGGUUCCGCGCGAUGCAGUGGUAUACCAUAUUGCGCCACUGUGGCAAUUUCCGAUGGGACUGGAUCGGCGCGUGCUGCAGAGCUCAAAGAAGGUUUGUGUGCUAUUCUCGAAGAUCGAUAUGGUGGUGCAGAGACCGUCGCACAUGCCGCAGGACGUAGGUGCAUUUUUUCAGAGCUUGCUUUAUCAUGACCUGCAUGUCAAGAUCACGAACUUCCGCUUCUUUUCUGCGCUGAAGCAAUGGAACAUCCAGACGGUGCGGAACGCUCUGAGUAAAGAAAGUUACUUACUUGGCGGGCCAAACGCGGGCAAGUCGUCAUUGAUCAAUGCCCUGAUGAGGACUGUUGUUUACGAAAGUCGGCGUCUCGUAUCCUCAAAGCAGUCCUCUGCGACCCCUGCCGACCUGCCUCCAAAAGCGCAUUUGGACAUCCAUUCUGCGGGUGUGAGCACAAUACCGAACUUCACUCGCCAACCCCAGCAAUACGAUAUAAAGGGCAAGAUCAUCCACGAUGUGCCAGGCUACCGCACAUCAAAGUCCCAUACUUUCGAUUUUAAUAGCAUGAUACAGAAAGAUUACCUGCUUCGUCUGCGAAAAUCUGACUCGAAAACAUAUUUGACUAAGAAGUACACUUCAAUCAAUGGCACUGAAUCUGGACGCUGCUACACGGUGGGGGGGCUAUUCUAUUAUGUACCUCCCGCGCAGACCAUAAACCAGGUCACUAGAUAUAUGCCUGGAGAUCCGCAAAAAUUCCAGAGUAUUGAUAAAGGCCUUGAGGUUGUCAGAGAUGUCUACUCUGACCGUUGGGAUAAAGAAACAGGCUCGCACCCUCUUGCAGAAUACAUACACGUGAAUCCGGCACUAGGCGACAAAAAUUCAUUUGUUCGGCAUGUUAUACCUCCAUUUCAAGGCACAAUAGAAAUUGUAAUGAGAGACGUUGGCUACCUGCGAGUGGUCGCAACGGGUAGUUUCAAAUUCUUAGGUCUCCACGAGAUCUGGGUGCCUAAAGGUAUUGAAGUUUCUGUCCGAGAGCCUUUAACGGAUGUGUUCAGGACGACCAUUGAAGCUUAUCGUGACUCCGGAUCGGUUGCCAACGUGGCUCAAAUGAUCAUAAAGAGGCCUUACAUCUCGAGCACUUACCCAAUGGCCCACAACGAAACAGAUCCGCUUGCUAAGAUGCGCGAAAUGUAUUUGGAAAGAACGGCUUCGAAUCUUUCUGCGCGUAGACUUAUGAAUAGAGAUCCACUAGAACUUAUUUCUCAGAAGCAAAAAGAACGAGUAAACCUUUAUUGGCAUUAUUGCUGGUGA